AAUUAUUUCAUGAGGAAAGGGUGCGUAACAGAGCAGUGAGAUGUUUGCUGGUUUGAGGCGUUGACGUGAAUUUCAGAUGCAUCGCCCUAAUGGAAUAAAUCUGGCUGGAGAGAAAUUGCAUUUCAGCGCUAAACCAAGGCAGGGAUGAUGAGAAUGCACGAAGACGGAUCGCCAAGGCAGCCUAAUGCCAUUCAAUGACUAUCCUGCACUCUCAACCGCAGUGCACAUUUGCCGUCCGUUUUACAUGAGAAAACAUGUUUAUUUUUUAUCAAAAUACCAAUACGUAUAGCCAAAAUCAGCAUCUCGAAUCGAGGUGAUGUAGGCUCGCACAUUUUAAUCGAUUUUCUUCAAGGAAUGAAAACGCUCCAAGAUGGUCCGCAUCUCAAACGCCCUGGGUUUGGUCAUAUUGAUGGUCGCUCUUCUCAUUUUAUCCUUAAUAAGUUAUGUGUCCAUUAGAAAGGACAGCAUCUUAUCUUCCACAAAAUAUGACAACAUGGGAGGACCACCACGGAUAAUGUUCCACGCAGGAUUUCGGUCCCAGUUUGCCCUGAAUUUCCUGGACCCAUCCUUCAUCCCAUUAACCCAUGCUCUGAAUGAGGAGCUGCAAGGGAAACCAUCCAAAUGGACAUUUAAUAGGACCGCCUUUUAUCAGCAAAGGAAAGAGAUCUUCCAUUACAUUGAUGUGGCCAACAACUUCUCCCUCACCAAGAACGGUGUACGCGUCGGCCAGCUGAUGCACUUUGACUACUCCAGUCACAAGUAUGUCUUCUCCAUAAACAACAACCUGAAGUCACUGCUUCCUGAUGCUUCGCCAAUCCAGAACAAACACUACAACGUGUGUGCCGUGGUGGGUAACAGUGGGAUCCUGACAGGCAGUCACUGUGGGCCAGAGAUCGACAGCGCCGACUUUAUCUUCCGCUGCAACUUCGCCCCUACCGACUCCUACUACAAGGAUGUGGGCCGGAAGACCAACCUCACCACUUUUAACCCCAGCAUCCUGGAGAGAUACUACAACAAUCUGCUGACCAUCCAGGACCGCAACAACUUCUUUCUCAACCUGAAGAAACUGGAGGGGGCCAUUUUGUGGAUCCCUGCGUUUUUCCUCCACACCUCGGCCACCGUCACACGGACCCUGGUGGACUUCUUUGUUGAGCACAAGGGGCAGCUGAAGAUCAAGCUGGCCUGGCCAGGAAACAUCAUGCAGGAUGUCAACAGGUAUUGGAAGACCAAGAACCUGUCUCUCAAGCGACUGAGCACUGGUAUCCUCAUGUACACUCUGGCCUCGGCCAUGUGUGAGGAGAUCCAUCUGUAUGGCUUCUGGCCCUUCGGCUGGGAUCCCAACACAGGCAAGGAGCUGUCCUACCACUACUACGACAAGAAAGGAACCAAGUUCACCACCAAGUGGCAGGAGACCCACCAGCUGCCCAGUGAGUUUAAGCUGCUCUACAAGAUGCAUGGAGAAGGUGUGACCAAGCUGAGCCUUUCACACUGUUCCUAGACAUUCCAUCCUGGGUGACCGGGCUUAAGAGAUUCAUUUGGUGACUCUCCAAUACAGCAGCUGACCUUGCGCUCACGUAAUAUAUUUUGCGACUCAAAGCAGACAAUGCAUGAUUUAGAAUUAAUACUUUUAUAUUACGCUUUCACUCUAGAAACACACUAUCAUAUCACCAUUGCAUCUUGCCUCAGCUUUGUCCAAUGUAUGUAAUUCACACUAACACGUUGGGUUGCGAGGAACAUGGCAGAAUAUUCCAGAUGUGGAUUACCGGUUGAUGAUGACGUAACAAUGUAUGUUAUGCUGAAUAUGUCACACUAUCAUCAUACAAUAUUUCACAUCACUUUAUUUGCAUUGCUACCAUAAUUGUGUGGAUAAAUUGAUCAAUAAAACACAUAUAACCUAUUUCAACAAGAAAACACAAGGGAAUACAUUUAAUGCAAAAUAAUCACUAUUUCCAAACAGUAUUUCUCAUAGUGUAGGGGUCGGGUGGGGGGCAUACUGUUAUUGUUAUUUGGCUGUAGCCUUACUUCAAAGGGAUUUGAUUGUUCUUCUGCUUAGUCUCAGGGAUGGAGUUGAGAUCAGUGUUUUUUUCUAAUCGGAUUCAAAUGCCUCCACUGAGGUGCAAACAGACACACUGUCUAUUUUCCAGCCCGUUUGAGCAUACAGUGAACCGCCACAGGUGCCAGUAGAUAGACAAUGGGCCCAGCCAGCACACUGCACUGUUUUCAGAUUUGUUUACAAGGCCUCUUUAUGUAUGUAAAUUGCUGCCCUAUAUAAAGAUACUGCAGUGAUAGCCCUAGUCCCACUAUUUUAUUGGGAUUCUGGUGAUAGCUCUGGUAAUAUUUCAGUUUGAGGAUGAAUAAUCUGCAUUCCAACACCAAGCCAUAGACUGCAUUUAAUUACAGUAAACUUUAAAGUACAUGUAUAUUGUUGUUAUCAUCAUCAUUAAAAUUAAGAAUUAAAGAUGCACUAUGCAGAAAUGGCUGUCAUUUCCUGGUUCAAACUUUUUUGAAUAGUUUGCCUAAUUUCAGUUUAUGUGAUAACAAGCAAGUAUAGUGUAGAUAAUUAUAGUACCAUCCAAACCUCUGUGAAAUAUAUUUUCCAUAACCAAACAUGUUGUAUUUUCAGCUGUUUGAAGCUGGUGUAAAAAAAUGAAAGUAAUAGAGGCAAAAACAAAACUUAAGAACGGGAAGCAUAGAAAUAACGCACCUAGAAUAGAUCUACAGCUUCUUAGACUUGCUUGUCAAUGUGAAUUUGGUCGGGUCCCCAAAAAGUUACAUAUUGCAGCUUUUAUUUUUAAAGUGCCUGUGUUCUGUUUAAAUUUCAAAUGACUUCAAAUCUUAUAUUGUCAAAAUAUGAUAGAACAUCAUAGUGAUAAAAGUUAAAGGGAUUUAACACUGGGAUGCAUACAGUAAUAUAUAUAUAUAUAUUUUAUGUAUUGAACCACCUCAAAUGAACACUACUUCCUAUCUUUAGUCAAUAACACAUCACUAUUGUUAUGAUGUAGCAACACAGGGAAACGUUUUGCAUUCUACCACAUAGACAUUACUUUGACUUUUUAACCAGAUAUUAAUGUUUUGAUUAAUGAUUAUAGCAUCUUGUACAAAGAGCAUGAUACACUAUUGAAUGACAUUGCAUGUAAGAGACUAGCAAAUGUUCAAGGCUAGUUUUAUACAACAUUUUUGAAGGAGAUUAUGUUUCGAGGGGAUACGGGUGUUUUUUGUUAUUAUUUGUAUUUGCGCUGAUAUUUUAAUUGAAAUAUCAUCAGAAACUUUAUAUGAAAGUUGUUUUAAAGCAUAAAUUCCUAUCAAACCACUGGGACCAAAAUGAUUCGUUUUCCGUUUCUGACAAUGAAAGAACUAAUGUAACUUUAUUUUUUAUAUCUCUAGAUUAUCUUUACUUUUCUCAGCAAAAUGUUAUAUGAAAAAUAUCAAGUCAAGCUCCACUAUGUUAGAGGAUUGGGUAUGGAUUGGACAUUUUUAGUACUUAACCAUUGAUGUCAGUACAACGACUUUGCUCAAAUGGUGCAACAUGAUAUCCACAUGACUCACAGCACAUGCACUCAUUGGGAAGGUGGUGACCCUGCUUAUGAGUUCAGAUUUACUAUGCUCAUAAACCAGAUCAUUGGUUCUUUUCAAGUUCUUCAGUCUUAAAUGGAUGGUGUAUGCCUACAGAAGUAUUUUAGAACAUAAUUUGUAAGUCGCUCUGGAUAAGAGCGUCUGCUAAAUGACUUAAAUGUAAAUGUAAAAUACCAAUUUGUUUUCCCAUCAUAGGACUGUCUGUCAUCAUUAUCAUAAUACAAAUAUAUGAUACUAAUGUGCCAUUAGUUUGCUAGGUAGUACUUUACUCUUAGUCCAUACCCUGAUUAUGUAGAUUAGAUCGGAAAUGUAAUUAGAUCUUUCCCACUUAGAAUGUUUCAUAUAAGUAAAUAUACCAACGAAUGCCCAUUAAAACUAGACAUGUUAAUUUAUCUGAAUGUAACAUGAUUUGAAAUGUUGGCUUAAGUAUGGCAAUGAUGUACAACAAUAUCUUUCAUUCGAUGGAGGUUUUUUAUUUGAUGAUGUGUCGACAAAUGAUUUCCUGAGAUAGAAAACACUUGGAUAGUUGUGUGGUAUAUUUGUCUUUUCAGUCUCAUCUAAUAGGUUCGGUUGGUGAUUUAUACUAUUUGUGCCGCCAUGAAUGUCUUCCUUUGACUGCUUCCAUGUACUGAUCAUCACCAAAGAAGACUAUUGUACUGCUCACAUGAAGGAAGGAAAUUUAUUCUCCCCACAUUUCCUUAGAGAAAAAUGCCCAAUGUGUGUGUUAGUGUGUGCCAACACUUUUGUUUUCAAAAGGAUUGGUACCAACAGAACCCAGUGGCAUAGCGCAGUUUUGCAGUCCCCCCACAAGGUCUAAGUUGUAUAGCUAAUUUCAUGCUAUUUUACACAUUUUCCCUUGAGGCUGUGUGAAAAUGUUGCUAUUUUAGAGCUCAGGGAUUCUUGAAAGAUGGGACAAUCUCAACUUUUUCCCACAAUUAUUUGUCUUAAUAUUAAUAACAUUUGAAACAUACAUUUUGAUAGACCAAAGUAGCAGCUAGCGUACCAUAUAAAGGAAAUAGUUUUUUUCUCCAUAAAAUACAACGAGCUGGAUUUAACUCCAUCUGACACCAUAAAAGGCCUUUAAUUUGUACAAUCACUGCCCAACAAGUGUUUAACCCUAAAGUUAUUUUUUUUUGCAAGGGCUGUGUCUCAAUCCACCACAUCGGAGUUGUCGCCGUGUUUGAGCUGUGUUUGUCAGUCCAUGAGAUAUCCUGAUAAUUGAUAUUCUCAGAAAAACCUCUGUAACGUUCGAAAGGAUUGGCUAUUAUUAUGACCCCUCUAUGGAAAGAUGAGUCACAAACACAAUGGUGUUCUCUGUUUUGUUCUAACCCCGACAAGUAUCACAGGACUCGUCUGAAAUCGGUACAGCCGAUCUGUCAACUUCUGUCUGUAGCGUCCAAACAGUUUGGGCUACACACUAAUAUGACCCCUCUGUGGAAAGGUGAAUAUCCCACAAACACAUACAUGUUGGUUGGUUUGCUCUAGGCUGCCCACAAGCCUCACAAGACUAGUCUGAAAGUAGCAGGUACCAGUUCUUUUUUUAUGGAAGAACUGAAUAUAUGGAGAUAGUUUAGUGCCUAAAAUAAGGGGUUAAAUAAAAUUAGUUUCCUGAUCUUUCUUAUAUCUAUCUCUCAGAUAUAGGAGAGACACUU